UUGUUUACCUGCUAGCCUGUGAGCGCGCAGCACGCUCACUAAGUUCAGACUUUUAGGUUUUCGUGCUCCGCGGCGAUGAACCCGGAGCUCAGCGGGUUGUUUUAGACCAACAGCAGCGGGGGAAACAGAUUCACCGCGGGAACUUUAACCCUGCGUGACCUUUGACCCGCUCAGGCUCGGUUAGUUUAUUGUCGGGUUUUUCUCUUUCAGCCGCUCAGAGCAAAGUUGGCUUCCUGCUAGCGCUGCUCACCUGACGUGAAUCACCUGAAGGUGACGUUUCAUUUGAUCCACUUCACGCAGGAAUUCAAACCCUGCAGCAAAACUGAGACCAACGAGCCUCAAACGUUCCUCUCGGACUGUCCUCCAGGAAGAUGGCCAACCCACUCAGGUCUGAAGUGUUUCGACUGUACAAGAACCUCCUCUACCUCGGCAGGGAGUACCCCAAAGGUGGUGACUACUUCCGCGACCGUCUGAGAGCGGCGUUUGCCAGGAACAAGGCGGUGGAGGACCCCGAGCAAAUAAAGGCCCUGAUUGCUCGUGGCGAGUACGUGGCCCGGGAGCUGGAGGCGCUUUACUACCUGAGGAAGUACAGAGCGAUGAAGAAGCGCUACUACGAGGACUAAACGGCGACCGAACAGUGACGACACAAACAGCUCUGAGGUUUACGGAUCCAAUCCUGAGGUCACAUGACCACCGAGUGAAGCCUUUAAAUUAAAGUAUUCAAAACAAAAA